AUGAAUAAAGGAAAAAUAGAAACAGGUUUGGGACGUAAAAAAGAUUCAGAUGACUUGAUAGGUGAUGAUGAAUACUCACCAUCAAUAAAUUAAUCUAGUUAAUCAGAAAAAAAGAAUAAAUCGCUAUCGAUAAAAAGUGAUGGUAAAAUUGAAAGAUAAUAAGUUUCUUUCAUAGAUAAAGUGAAAAAUUCUAUAAAUAACUGGAACUUUAAUAUAUUUAAUAACUCGAAUAGAACUAAAUGUAAAUGUGAUUCAAACUUACAAGAUAAUACCUCUACAUGCAGUAGAGCAUUAAAAUGGCUAUUUACGUUAUACAAAGAUGAUGAGCUUGUAAAAUUAAAGUAAGAUUAUGAAAAACUCAAAGAAAAUGCCAAAGACUUUGCGGAAGAGAAGUAAAAAAUAUAAAUAGAAAAAGAUAUUACUCGCACAUUUGGUAAUGCUGAUUAUUUAGAUAAGGAUGUACUCCGAAGGGUUUUAACUGUAUGGAGUGUCUUUGACCCAAGUGUUGGGUAUGUAUAAGGAAUGAAUUUUGUAGUUGCAACACUUCUCUAUCAUGCAGAGGAAUAUGUUGCCUUUUACCUUUUAGAGAUGCUUACUGGAAGAUUUGAAAUAAGAGAUAUAUACUAAAAUGGUUUACCAGGACUUGUAAAGCAUUGCAAAAUGAUUGACAAACUAAUGGAAGCAUUUUUACCUGACUUAUAUCAAUGGUUUUUAGAAUAAGACAUUCAAACAUAAUUUUUUUGCUCUUAAUGGAUAUUUUCGAUAUUUGGAGUUAUGAUUCCUUUAAAGUACUCAGGAAUAUUUUAUGAUAACUUAUUCUAAUAAAAAUGGGUUUACUUCUAUAAAAUAGUCUUGUAGAUUUUAGAGUAUUACAAAGAUGAACUCCUAGAAAUGGAAAAUGUGGAAAUAUUAUAAUUUUUUAGCACUAAAAAUUUAAAAUUCUUUGAUGAAGAUGAAAUAGAUUAAUAAAACAUAAAAUGGGAAGAUCUUCUAAAUGAUGCUGCAUUAAUAAUAAUAGAUAUAGAUUAAAUAAAUAACAUAUUAGAUAAAUUCGAUUCUGAAUCUAAAGAAUUUUAGCUAAAUGAAGAAGUUGCUGAUAACUAAAUAACUGAGUUUUAAGGGUGA